CUCCGUAGCGUCAACAUGUCCCGGCCCAGCAGCAGAGCCAUUUACAUGCACCGGAAGGAGUACUUGCAGAAUCUCACCUCAGAGCCCACCCGCUUGCAGCACAGGGUGGAGCACCUGAUGACAUGUAAGCUGGGGAUGCAGAGAGUCCAGGAGCCCAAGGAUGCCCUGCAGAAGCUUCAGGAGAUGGAUGCUCAGGGCCGGGUGUGGAGCCAGGACUUGCUCCUGCAGAUAAGGGAUGGCUGGCUCCAGCUGCUGGACAUUGAGACCAAGGAGGAGCUGGAGUCUUACCGCCUGGACAGCAUCAAGGUCAUGGAUGUGGCACUCAACACCUGCUCCUACAACUCUAUCCUGUCCAUUACCGUGCAGGAUUCUGGCCUGCGAGGCACUAGCACUCUGCUCUUCCAGUGCCACGAAGUUGGGGCAGAGCGACUGAAGACCAGCCUGCAGAAGGCUCUGGAGGAGGAGCUAGAGCAAAGAUUCAGAGCCCUUCGCCCAGGCCAGGACAGAUGGAGGGAGUUUCCUCCAGAAAGGCCACUCCCUAAGGAGCAGGUACCUCCUCUGGAGAAUGGACCCCCUCCAGAACAGCAUCACUGGACGACCCCAGAGCACAACGCACCACCCCCGAGGCCCCGCUCCAGCGUGCGAGAGUCAAGAGACUUCCCUCUGCCUCCUCCAAGGAGGUCCCCAUCCCCCGAGGACUCAGAAUGGGAUAAGGAGGUACUGAACCACGUCCUAAGCGACAUCGAGCUGUUUGUGGGAAAGCUGAGAGAGGCCCAGUCAAAGACCAGCCGUAAGAAGAGACAGGGGAAGAAAAGGAAAAAGAAUCAGGGGGGGAUAACAGAGGCACAUUACAUCGACUGCUUCCAGAAGAUGAAGUACAGCUUCAACCUCCUGGGAAAACUGGCCGCCAGGCUGCAGAAUCCAAGUGCCCCUGAGUUAGUACACCGCAUCUUCCAAACUCUGAACUUCAUCCUCGCGCAGUGCCCUGAGCCUGGCCUAACAGCCCAAGUGAUCUCACCCCUCCUCACCACCAAGGCCAUCAACCUGCUGCAAUCCUGUCUAAGCCUACCUGACAGUAACGUCUGGAAGGCACUGGGCAUAGCCUGGACCACCAGCCAGGCCAGCUGGACAGGCAGUGAGCCCCUGCCUUACCAACCCACAUUCUAUGAUGGUUGGCAGCCUCCAGAACUUUUCUACCAGGCACCCUCCAGAUACGAAGACUCUACUUCCCUCCGACCUGGACCUGUCAAGCCAGCCCUGAAGAUGCAAGUCCUAUAUGAGUUUGAAGCUAGGAACCCACAGGAACUGACUGUGGUCCAGGGAGAGGUACUGGAGGUUCUGGACAAGAGCAAGCGGUGGUGGCUCGUGAAGAAUGAGAUGGGACGGAGCGGCUACAUCCCCAGCAACAUCCUGGAGCCCCUACAGUUGGGGGCCCCCGGGAGCCAGAGCCAUUCCCCGCCUUGGGCUCCAAUGCUUCGACUUAGCUCAAAGCCUGAGGAGGUCACAGCCUGGCUGCAGGCAGAGAAUUUCUCCACUGUCACGGUGAAAACCCUCGGGGCUAUGACGGGGAGCCAGCUGCUUCACGUGAGACCUGGGGAGCUACAGAUGCGGUGUCCACUGGAGGCCCCACGCGUCCUGGCACGGCUGGAGGCUGUCAGAAGGAUGCUGGGGAUGAGCCCUUAGGCAGCAACGCAGACAUCUCCAGACCAAGACUUUCUCACAAGCAAGAUGGCAGAUCUGAUACUCUUUAGAGCCCGGAGAAUUCCUCUUUCAGGCCUCCAAGUUGCAGCAAACCCCACACCCCAGCUCAUACAGCAAAGAGGAUGAGCAAGCCCCGAGGCUGAGAUAAAUCGUGCCCCUUCUCACUGUGUUGAGAGCUCUCCCCAGUUGCCAUCUCUUUCCUGAGCCUGGAAUCCUUAAACCUAGAUUUGUCAGGACUCUGUUUAGCCCCUCUGCUCCCCAAUAAAAGUAUCUUCAAAUUUGUCAUGCGCCUCUCUUGCAGCUUCCUCUGGCCCUGAUGGAGGCCAAAGGCAGGGAGUCAGGAAGAGCUGCA